AUGCCCGAUAUUAAAGCUUCUCCCCCAACAGUCGUGGCCGUGGGGUCGGUGCCUGUGGUGCUUGGCGCCCUGGGCUUCACUGGGGCCGGAAUCGCGGCCUCCUCCGUAGCCGCCAAGAUCAUGUCCGCAGCGGCCAUCGCCAACGGAGGCGCAGUUCCUGCAGGCAGCCUGGUGUCUGUCCUGCAGUCAGUGGGGGCUGCCGGACUAUCCACAUCUUCCAACAUUCUCCUGGGCUCCGUGGGGUCAGCUUUUGGGGCCUGGCUAGGGGGUUCCAAAAAGGACUCCCCUCCACCUCCCCCAGGUGAACCCACAGGGGAAGAAGGGGACCCAUCUCCGGGAGAAAAUGUACCCAAAGCUGAACCUGUAAAACCCCCACUCAGGUCAGAGAAACAUGAAAAAUAA